AUGGCAUUCGAUUACGAACUUCGCCUACUAAUAGCACGUUGCUUGGAGACUUAUGGCCCAAGACGUCCAACGGCAGGCCAGCUGCUAGCAGUGAUCCAGCAAAACAUUACAAGGGGAGACGCCGAGGCUCAGAGAUUGGCAAACGAAAGAUUCGAAAGACAUGCUCGGGAAGAGCAGGAACAUAGGCAGCGCCUGAUAAUCGAAGAGCAGAGGGAAUCUGACGCCAUGCGAUAUUCUAAUUUCUACGAUCCUGAUUUUGAUGAAGUGAGGGACUAUGGACACGCAACUCGUCCACCCCCCAUUCCACGGAAUAUUCCCCCUGAAGACCCAAUGAGCAUGAAUCCAAAUGAGUUGAAUCAAUGGCUGGAUCAGUUAGACAUUAAUGCUCCGUCAACCCGGCUCGUGCCGCCAUCUUUAAUAAAUUCCCAGGGGGCUGCCGUUGCGAAGCAACCACCACUAAUACCAAUUUCGGAAGAAUCGCGCAUCAGCGACCCAUGGAAUUGGAUAAUGGGAGAUGGAACAAGACAGUCCACUACCCCUGCCCCCCCUAUCCCCCCUACUCCUCCAGCAUACAACCCGAUCCCAAUGUACGAGCAGCCGUCUGUUGCGGGUCCGUCCAGGCGUAUUCGUGACGUUCCGCCGCCAAGGUCAAGGACGCCGGUAUCCCAGAGAAUCAUUAGUCGCAACGACUACCGCCCGCUCGAGGAAUUCCAGACGCCUCCUGACCUCGAAGACAUCGAUAUACUCGUGAAGUUCUACCAAGACCAUCUCCGCGAUCCGCCUCAAAUAGUAGAUCCUUACGCCAAGCUAUGGGGACAGAACACUCCCCCCCCACCGCCUGUUAAAGUUCCUCCACCCCAACCGCCUGUUAAAGCUCCUCCACCCCCUAGAGCGGGGCGCCACGUCAGGUUUGCGGUAACCCCGAUCCCUCCCGGAGGGAUUCCUCCGGCUAUUUGGAACCCUCCUCCUCCUCCCGGAUUUCCUCCCGCUCCUCCCGGAUUUCCUCCCGGAUUUGGUCCAGUUGUAAACCAAGGAGAUGCAAAUCAAGGAGAUGCAAAUCAAGGAGGCGGACAAAAUGCGAAGCAGACACCAGCAGAUGCAACGGAUGUUCAUAAUAUAUAUCGAGGUAAGCCUUAA